AUGCCGCGGAUUACUCAAGAGAUAUCGUACAAUUGUGAUUAUGGCGACAACACCUUCAAUCUUGCUAUCGAUAUAGGAGGCACUUUGGCAAAAGUAGUCUUCUCGCCAAUAGGCAGCAACAGGCUGAUGUUUUAUACCAUCGAAACUGAAAGAAUCGACAAGUUCAUGGAGCUUCUGCAUUCAAUUAUCAAGGAAUAUAACAAUGGAAGCUACGAAACGACUCAUAUAAUUGCCACUGGUGGUGGUGCCUUCAAGUUUUAUGAUUUGCUGAAUGAAAAGUUUUCUCAGAUAAAGGGCAUAUCGAGGUUCGAAGAAAUGGAGGGUUUGAUCCAUGGUUUAGAUUUCUUUAUCCAUGAGAUUUCCGACCAAGUUUUCACUUAUAACGACCAAGAUGGUGAAAUGAUAAUACCCACUAGUUCCGGUACUAUGGACUCAAAAGCUAUCUAUCCGUACCUUUUAGUUAACAUCGGCUCAGGUGUCUCUAUAUUAAAAGUCACUGAACCAAAUAACUUUAGUAGAGUAGGCGGUUCUUCAUUAGGAGGAGGAACUCUCUGGGGUCUGCUAUCACUAAUCACCGGUGCUCAAAGCUAUGACGAAAUGCUCGACUGGGCUCAAGAAGGUGACAAUUCUAGCGUCGAUAUGCUAGUAGGAGACAUAUAUGGAACAGAUUACAGCAAAAUUGGCCUCAAGUCCUCCGCGAUUGCAAGCUCAUUCGGUAAAGUCUUCCAGAAUAGAAUUACCCCCGACAAAUCUUCAGGUAAUAACGAUAAUAAAUCAUGUUGUUCACACGAGUCUAUUGAGAAAAACAACGGGAAAACGUUCAAAAAUCCUGAUAUAUGUAAAAGCCUUCUGUUCGCCAUUUCAAACAAUAUUGGUCAAAUAGCGUAUUUGCAAGCCAAAAUUCACAACGUGCAGAAUAUAUACUUUGGUGGAUCUUAUACCAGAGGACAUUUAACUACUAUGAACACUUUAAGCUACGCCAUUAAUUUUUGGUCCCAAGGAUCAAAGCAAGCGUUCUUCCUUAAACAUGAAGGCUACUUAGGAGCUAUGGGUGCUUUCCUGAGCGCGUCUCGUGAUUCAUCUACCAAGAAGACAGAUACGUAA